AGGAGGAUAUCCGGAAUAGCUGAUGACGUAACAGUGUCAGGGCGUUUGUUUGUGAGAUCCGGCAACAGAUGGCGGUGGCAGGACGGAAUACUUCAAGCAUAAAUCUGGCUGGGUGGAGGUCCUGAUUGAGGAAACAGUCGCUACAGUCGGUGGUCUAUUUUUUAUUUCGUUGUCAUCAAACCACUAAAUCGCCACAAAUAACUUUUGCUCUUCACUUUAGCUUGUUUUGUUGCCAUUUUUUUUUAACUUGGGGCUUUCGUGAAGGCCGCAAAAUCCCCGGGCUCGAUUUGAGGACACAGGGAGUCGAGUGCGUUCGGAAUGUUGGAAAAGUCUCAUAAAAUUGUCUUUGGAACAUUUGCAUACCCUUAAAUGUUAUAAUUUACGUUUUGUAGCAUUCCAGUUUAUUUAUUUUUAAAAAUUUUAUAAACUUGAAGGAAAUAAUUAGUAGUGGAAAGAGUUAGCUAGUGUUGAUGCUAGUCUGCUAGCGGAACUGACGGAUAUUGAAUGAAUGAAUGGAAGGAAGGGCGAGUUACUACUCUCUCUUAAAUAACUACUUUUAUUAUUAGAAUACGUGGAGUUUCACCGGACUGCGCUGGUUCUCCUCCUAGAACACGGUCUCUGAAACCGUGUUUUACUGUUGCACUUUUUUAUAACCACAAAUGGACAGGAAUGCGGCUCCUGGGAGUUGGACGGCGGCUGUUUAGCACGCAAAGAUAGCGCUGUGCUUGGACUGGCCGGCGAACGGUAAUGAUUACUAGGCGGGAGGAAGCUAACUUUAGCUAGCUACAAAUACACAUGCACUACUGAGACUUGGCUGGGAUAGUGCGAAGCUAACGCCCGCUUUGGAAUGGGGAACACGUUGUCAUGCUGCGUCUCUCCGGAGUCGAGCCCCAAACAAGCCUCCAGACAGCCCGCGGAGCGGCUGGAGGAGAUCCAGACCAGCACCGAAGUCAGCGAUGAUGUCACCGUGCCCUACCUGCAGCACAUAAGCGACAGAGAAGUCCCUGAAGAGUUGGCCCUGGAGUGUAACCCAUCAGAUCACGCUCGAGCAAGCACCCUCUUCCUCAGCAAGUCCCAGACAGACGUGCGGGACAAGAGGAAAAGCAACCACAUAAACCACUUCAGUCAUGUGUCACCUGGUCCCCUUUCAAAGAAGUACAGCUCAUGUUCCACCAUCUUCAUCGACGACAGCACCGUCAGUCAGCCAAAUCUGAAAAGCACAAUCAAGUGUGUCACUUUAGCCAUAUACUACCACAUCAAGAACAGAGAUUCUGACAGAUCAAUGGACAUCUUUGAUGAGAAGUUGCACCCCUUAUCAAGAGAGCCCGUGCCAGACAACUACGCCUACGUGGACCCGGAACACAAGCUGAUCUACCGCUUUGUCAGGACGCUGUUCAGCGCCGCGCAGCUCACAGCAGAAUGCGCCAUCGUCACACUCGUGUACCUGGAGCGUCUGCUGACCUACGCUGAGCUGGACAUCUGCCCGGCCAGCUGGAAGCGCAUCGUUCUGGGAGCCAUCCUGUUAGCCUCCAAGGUGUGGGACGACCAGGCCGUGUGGAACGUGGACUACUGUCAGAUCCUCAAAGACAUCACCGUGGAAGACAUGAAUGAGAUGGAGCGCCAGUUCCUGGAACUCCUCCAGUUUAACAUAAAUGUCCCAGCCAGUGUUUACGCCAAGUACUACUUUGACCUGCGACAGCUGGCUGAAGACAACAACCUGAACUUCCCCUUGGAGCCCCUCAACAACCAGCGAGCUCAAAAACUAGAGGCCAUUUCUAGACUGUGUGAGGACAAAUACAAAGACCUAAGUCGAGCCGCCAUGAGGCGAUCGCUGAGCGCCGACAACCUGAUAGGCAUCCGCCGCUCCAACGCCGUGCUCUCCUAAAGCUAGGUCGCAGCGACCACGCCAACCAGGACGCUGCCCGGGAAACCGGCCUGCACUGUGAUUCCCCGCGAAAACUUGAAAGCGUGGUUGAUGACAUGUUACCAUUUUAUUCUCAUCUUUAUCAAUUGUUUAUUUAUUGUUUUGAUUGUUUCUUUGAGGAAGUGUUAAGACACUGAAGGACUUCUAAUGAAACAAAGUUUUUACUUAACUGCUCGCCAUCGAGCAAAGGCAGUUCUCAAUUCUGUUACUGUAAAGAGGCGAGCGGCGCCGGUAAUCAGAGUACUUCUUAACGUGGAGCUAAACCUGCAAAAGAGACUAAAAGAUCCAUCGCUUCACUUCCAUGUUGGCCAUUUAAAAGCUGUUCCCAUGUGACAAUUCGUCGUGGUUACGUUAAACCAGCGUGGAUGAAUCCUCGGAUUAAUUCAUGCGUCCUUUAAAUGUUUUAACAUAUCACAGAAUGACAGGGAUCCUCCUCAGGCUUUCAGAAUAAAUGUCAUUUUUACCAA